AUGGACUCUUCAACGGGCGCUGGACUGACCUGGCGAACUCGCUACGACUCAGGCUCGGUCCGCUACGAUCCCGCUCGCGGUGUCCUACACGAUACCGAAUUCAACCAAAGCCUUGGCGUUACCACACAAACCCGCAUCUUCCGCGUCUCUCACAAUGCACAUGAUGAUAUGGCCAUCUAUGAUAUGAACACUAAAUCCUUCCAUCCCGACGUCCUUCGCGAAGCCGAAGUGUUUGGACGCGCGCCGAGUGGGAAGGAGUUGAUGAGCGUGGUGUUUGCGGAGCCAAGUCUCAUUGGAAUGGCAGAGGAGUGGGCGAAGAAGCAUAGUCAGGUGUUGACGUGGGGUUUGAUGGCAUUGCCGUAUGUUGGUGCAGCGUUAGUGAUGUUGAAGGAGAAGGCAGCUGCUGCAGCGGCGACGAGGUCCCAGCCGCCGGAGCCGGAGCCUCGUAUAGAGGAGGAAGUGGGAUCGAGUGGCACAAGCACACCUUCUACUCCGUCCGACCAUUCUUUGGAUUAG